GACAGAAAGUCGAUUACAUUUCGAUUGUCACACUUCGAGAUGGCUUUCGGUGACUAUCCAGCUGAAUACAACCCCAAGGUGCAUGGGCCCUACGACCCUGCACGCUUCUACGGCAAAGCUGAUGUCCCAUUCGGACAGGUGAAAUUGGGCGAGUUGGGCUCCUGGUUCGGUCGCCGCAACAAGACACCCAACGCCAUGGCUGGAGCCAUCAGCCGUGCCUGGUGGCGCUGGCAGCACAAGUACGUUUUCCCCAAGCGUGCUGGCAUUGCACCCUUUUUCCAGCUGACCGUGGCCAGCAUGACGUUCUUCUACGUGAUCAACUACACCAAAUUGAAGCACCACAGGAACUACAAGUACCACUAAACCCUGAUGACUUCGGUUCCAGCGGCGAUGGUGUGCACUUUAUUUGUUCUACAACCUUCAAACAUUGCGAUUCACGUUCAAUAUAGAGUGCGGGAGGUGGGCUGACACUACAUAAUACUAGUACAUUUGGCUUUUGUGUUUUCAAAACCGCUUAAGUGAAUAAAACGGCUGCGAAUAACAGUG